AUGCAUCUUCGAAAGGACAUGCGAGAGGUGGUGCUUAAGAAGGGUAACCGGGGUUUUUUGGAUCUCUUUUGGGAUAUCACAAGUUCCGAAAUCGAAAAGAGAGAUGCAGCUAUUAAGAAUCUCCAGAAACACUUGUCAGUUCGACGGAACGAUAUUCGAGAACAUCUUUCCUAUUCGCUUGACCGUCUGUCCAAGGGUCUUCGCUCAUCAGCUCGCUCGUCAAAAGCAGGUUUUUCAUCCGCUCUGACUUCAAUUCUCCAAGACAAUAAAGAUAUCUCUGCGGAAACCCUUUUCUCAUCCCUCGAUAAGAAUGUGCUUUCUUUCAAAGCCCAUGAUGCGAAGGAACUAGUUGCUACAAAUUUGGCCAAAAUUGAUUGUUUAGUCAUACUUUAUAAGUCAGGUAGGCUCGAUGAUUUGAAAAAGGAAGAUCACAAGAAGAUCGCUGCCGCCUUAGCACCCUUAGCAAAGAUCGAAUCAUGCCUUCAAUCGAUGCUGUCAGUUGUCUCUCAAGUAGUUCCCCACUUGGACCACAAAGUCAUCACUCUCUACAGAGACUUGAUUUCUCAGCUGUGGAAUUCUGCUUGGAAGGCGGAAGAACCCACGGCUGGCCAAAUUCUCUUUAUUUUGAGCCUUCAAGAUCACUCUCACGUCAUGUCGGUGGUCCAAGAUGCUCGUAAGCUCGAGACCGGAAACAAAUCGGUUAUCAAACGAAUUGUUAAUGCGGUUAAGAGCUGUUUUCAAGCCUCAGAUCAUGAAAUAGCGGCUGAAUUGGUCGCCCGAUUUAGAUCUUCACCGAUCUUCAGUAAACUUUGGGCGCGACUUUCAACGCCAAUCGAUAGGCCGGAGACACCAAUAUCCCAGCGUUUGCGUACUUUGAGAAUGGGGUUGAUUCUGCUGUCGAAACUUCAAACUGAUGAGCAGUUUAAAGUUGUCGUCACUCCCACUUUCUUGGCCUUCCUUCAGAAACAACUCUCUAAUGCAAAGCUAUCCAGCCAUGAGGACAUCUGCCGAGAAGUGAAUAGUCUCCUUUCGCAUUUCAGAACACAUGUUUCUGAGGAGAAUUCAACAUUGGAAAAUAAUGACGAUUGUAGAUUCAGUCUUCCAAAUGAAUCUGCCAUACAAGCGUCCCAUUUGUUUACCAGUAUUGCUAGUCAGAUGCCCCUCUUUGACGCGACUCUUGCUUCCAGGACGCCACAUCUUUUAUCCUCCCUUUUAGAUUGCUCUUCUGUUGCUCUGAGCGAAGAGUACCUUUAUGAAUGGUCACGAAAUCUCCAAAAACUUUUUCUUACUGCCAAAGAAGAUUCAACUAUCACCACCGCCACAGUUGAUAGACAACGUCUACACAUCCUUGAACUCCUUCGUUUGGUCGUCUUCCUUAUUAUUUCGCGUAGUAACACCACAGACAGUCUGGAAUUUCUCUGUGAGACCCUCGACUUCCUCCUUCUCGUUGCUAACAGUAGCAUUGUUCCGCUGGAGGUCGCUGAGGUUGCAAUAACCUCAGCUGUUGCCGGAGCUUCAUUAACGCAGUUGGGAAAGUGUUUAACACUUUUGAUUCGACGUGUCUCGCUGCGGGCGGAAAUGAGGAACUCCUCUCAGAGUGCAAAGGUCUGCAAACAGACUAUGAGAGUGUUGGUGAACACCAUGCGACAUCUCGUGGAAACGAAUAUGAAAAUUUGUUCCGAUGGACUGGAAGAUGGUGCCGAGUUGCUAGAACGAUUGGGAACAGCGAAGGCGAUAUUAGGGGAUGAUAAUAGUGAUGCUGUGGAACAGUGGAUAGGCAUUUUGUACGCAACUACGAUAAUUUAUGCUGUCACUUUGCAUUCUGAUCCUCCUUCGCCGAAAGAGGCCUCCGUUCUCUCCCUUCUCGAUGACAUUUCUGAGGCUCGUCGUCACCGCUCUCUCCCCAUCACCACCGCCUCCAACGCUAUGGAUACGAGUCAAGGCACUCCUGCCUCCACUGACUCCGAUUCCACUCCAGAAUGGUCCGCCGUCCUCACUGACGCAAUGCUCAGCCUUUGCGUCGAACCAUGGCGUCUCUUGCGUGAAGUCGUCGGUGCGACAUUCGGACGAGUAGUUGCCCAACGCGAACUCUUUGCUCCUCCACUUGGUCCACCCGAGGUAGUGUUUGGAACAGGAAAAAAAGAGGCGGAGGAACAGAGUGAGGAGGCUAUGAGUCCUCUUCAGUUGAUUUUGAGCAUCGCGGAUAGUCGGUCGAAGGCAGCACAGGAGAGAAUUGCUGUUGCUGGAGUGGAGGAAGAUGAAGACGAUCCCGAUGAAUCCAUUGAUGGAUCCUCAUCCGCAGAGGAAGAGGAGGAAAGAGAGAUAGGCAAGAGCAUCUGUGGUUUUGCCGACCUAGAAGAGGAGGGGCCAUCCACUGAGGCGAAAAUUGAGGAUGAGGAGGAGGAAGAGGAGUUUUUAUCGAACGAACAAAUGGAAGAACAAGACGAGGCUUUGGCGGCUCUGUUUAGAGCAUCUAGAUCCUCUAAAAUGGAUGCGAAAUCGCGCAAAGAGGCGGUGGCUCUGCUCAAAUUGAGCUUGACUUUGGUUGGUCUUUCUCCGACCUUUGACCCCUUUUCCGUUCAGGUCAUUCGAUUUCCUGGAGUACCUUCUGCUCUAUACCUCGGAUGCAAAUCUCUUUCUGGUGAGUUGGCUGCCAAAUCGUCAUUCGAUUUGGAAUUUAAGAAUGGUGAAUUUGAUAUUCCGACCCUGUACACCACUAUCCAACUGGCUGUCGCCUCGACUCGACGAACCAGUAACAUCCAAACUCAGCGGCGCCAAGGAAAUAAAGGGGAUCAUGUGCCUCUAGCACGCAUCGCCUCCUGCCUUGAUCAAUUGCGUUCGCGUCCACUGCUCGCCAAUGAGCUUCUUUGGCAGUCAAUCUGCAAUUCGGAUGAGGCCCUUUUACCGACCUGUUUCAAGGCCAUCUUCCGGGUGUUCAGGAAUGCUAUUCCUGAUAACAAGCUGAUCAAGUGUCUACAGACUGCGUGUGAAUUUCUGCAAUUUAAAAAGGUUGCAGACCAGAAUUCCCGGAAGUUGCUCAACGUGGCUUUGGAGGACGUUCUCGGCGAAUUUUUAUCCAAAAUGCAUCCCAGCAAGGCCCAUCAGCUCUUACUCACACGUCUAAUUACUUCAUCUCCAGAGCUAGCCGAAUUGACCGGUUGUUUGGUAAUCGAGCGUCUCAAAUUCACACUACAACCACCAGCAUCGCCAUCUCAGUCCAACUUGUCAUAUAUUUAUGCUCAAACUGCUCUGUUGAGCUUGGCAAACGCUGUGACAAGCGGAUUGGCUGGCUCGAAAUCUCCAGCUCUUUCUGAUUGGGUGCUCCCUCUGAGUCGCACCCUCAUUGGUUCGUUUUUCAUGAACCCAGGCGCCUCAACGUGGACACAAUCCAAGGCUCUUACUGUAGCCGUGUUUGAAUGCCUUUUCAACUGCUUCAAGUUGAAUAAGACGGUGUUUGACCAGCUCACGUCAGAGGAAUUGACGUCUAUUUUAACCUCCAAUAGAACAGCCUUUCCAAAAGCUGUUCGCCCGCACCAUUCUCGUCUCAUUCAACUCAUUCGCUCUCUCCGUGCUUCCUCACAACACCUAUCAGCCGUGUUGGAAGGCCUUGACACACAGCGAAAGCUCGAAAAGGCGGAGGCGAAGCAAGAACGACGGAGGAAAAGAAAAGCUAAGGCAGCGGCUGACCUCGCAAAGAAAAAGAAGGCGAAGUUGGAAGGUGCUGCCGAACAAAAGAAGGCCUGA